UUGCCGGCCUUUGGCCGGGGCGAAUGUCCGUAACAGAUGUGACGCCGUGACACGGGACACUUGAUUGACCUUGAAGUAGCCAUGGCCAUGCCAGUCCUUUAUCCAUGGCUCCUGCAUCUAUCCUCGUCAUAAACCCCAAUUCUUCUCAAUCGAUCACUGUUGGCUUGGUAGAGACCCUAGUAGCAUCACCAGAAGCAAAACUGACGUUCUACACGGCUCCGAGCCGUGCACCUCCAUCCAUCAACGAUAUCGUAACCGCCAAUCUGACAGCGACCGCAUGUUUCCAGGAUAUCCUGGAGAAGAAAUUGCUGGAGGAACACGAUGGGUUCUUGGUAUGUUGCUUUUCUGACCAUCCGUUAGCACACAUGCUACGCGAAGUGACGACGAAGCCUACAAUCGGUAUAUUUGAGGCAGCCAUCACACAAGCAUUACUCAUCGGGAAGCGGUUUGGCGUCGUGACCACUGGAACGGGAUACAAGUUCAACCUGUAUAACGGUGUACGCGCAUUUAUGGGAGCUAAUUCCGAAAGAUUUGCGGGUCUUGUUACGACUGGUCUUGGCGUUGUUGAGCUCAGAGAAGGUGACCGAGAAAAGAUUGAGAAGAACAUGAAGGAAGCGAGCGGGAAGAUGGCAUCGCAGGGUGCAGAUGUAAUUCUUCUAGGGUGCGCUGGAAUGGCCGGGAUGGAACCACUGGUCAAACAGGGUGCAGCAGAGGCAAAUCCAGGACUGCCGCCUGUCCGAGUGCUCGACGGCGCAAAAGCCGGUGUAGAAAUGCUUUCCGCCUUGAUCAGGUUAUCAGCAUAGAAAAGGAAUGUGACAACUUGAUAUUGUGACUCACGAAUACGUGCCUGUGACGACUUCACGCCAGAUGAGAAUCAUGACGCGUCGCGCGUCCCGGUAAAUUUCUCUGUAGCACUACCUUGCAAAGUGCGUUUUUACACACACCCCCAAGCUCUCCAGGACCCUGUUUCAGCCGCAGCAUCGUAAUGAUAACUAAGCAUCAGUUACAUCUUCAGUUCAUCAAUGGCAUUUCGGCAGUUAGAUGAUGGAUCAGAUCCGCAAAAAGGAGACCUUCGUUUGCCUCUCGUCCUCACACGCGACAGGCACGCGCUUACCAGUAUGAU